CAACACGCUAUACAAUCAGAUAUAAAAAUUGGCGAACUGGACUAAAGUUCUAUACAGGCAAAAACAAAUAUUCAAAUUUUCGACUUCUCGCUCUCGAGAAUGUCUUAAACUGUUCGUCGGAGAUGUAAUUUAUAAGAAUUUAAUGCCCUGCUUUUUCCAUGGGCCGUUUUGAGGUUGUAAUUUUUAAAUGGGAGUUUUGAAAGGUUGGAAAUGAUACUGGUUUACGUGUCGGCGUGUUGUUUAAGAAGUUGUGAUAUUAAGGCCAGUAAAAUUGCUGAAAGUUGAUAACGGUACAAACGGGAAACUUUUGUCACUUUCGUUCGCCCUUUAUAUGCUUUUGUGCCGACUAUUAGGCCAUGAGUUUACAGGAUUAAAUAUCUGAAAAAUGAGAUAAGAAUUAUCAUCGAUGGAACAUUUAUCAAAAGAAGUUUUAAUUACGCUGGGUUGCUUGAUUGUGAAUGCACGAAAACAGCCAUUGAAGUCCCACAAUUCGAAGAAGGCGAUCUUUAGAAAAUGAAGAACACUAUAUGUUAUACAUGUACUUACGGCAAAGAGUUGAAUAAUAAAAACUUCGUUCACAACAGGACUAUGUGGUAAAUUUCAAAUUAUUUGACAGAAAAUCAACUCCGGGCGAUUCAGUAAAAUUACGAUGGAAUAUUAUUUCGAUGGAGAUUAAAAAACUGAUUUAUUUCCUACCGGGACCGAUCUUAAUGCUGAUUGGAUUGAUAAUAAACAUUGUAAGUUUCAGCACCGCUCAUUGGUCAAAGGAUCAGGUGAGCAACGCUGGUCUAUGGAAGAUGUGUUUAGGACUAAGUCCGAGAGAUUCAGAAAGACAGUGUUUCCAUUACAGUAGCCGAAGCCAUCUGCCAUUGAUGACGUUUGUAUGCAGCGCUCUGUCAACAGUAGGGCUAAUUCUGUUGUCCAUCUCAGCGGCAUGGUCGAUCCUUUCUUUCUUCCAAAAUAAAAAGAGAUCUCGUCUAUGGACUCAGAAGUCGGGUACUCUAUGUUUAAUUUCCGUUGUGUUCAAUUUAUUUGCACUCUGCAUAUACGCCGGAUCGUUCGAAUCUAUAUCCUACGACAUGAUUCCGAAAUGGUCUGGGGUGUACGACAUGACCUUGUCGUGGUCUUUCACCGUUGGAUGCAUUGGAACGUGUUUAUCCUUGAUAGGAUCAACGAUAUCCAUUUAUGUUGCUUUAAAGUUUGGAACGAAUGUUCACAUUUCUACAAACGUUUCUCGAGUUCCCCCUCUGCAUGUUCAUCCGCCACCAAGCAGUCGGCUUUCUUCGCCACCUAGGUUCGGGACACCUCGGGUAUCUUCGCCACUUCCGUUCAGCACCAAAGCGUAUUCGUCCAAUUCUAAACGGAACAUCACACCAGUGAACAUUUCAUGAUAGCACAAGUCAUCUUAUUCGAAAUUUAGCAGUGACUUUUGUCUUUGUCCUUAUGUUAUGGUCAUGUCUAUCUAUUCUGAAGAUUUUGUUAGAUGUGUAUUAUUCUGAGAAUGAAUCCAAGCAGCUUUGAUAAUUUUGUUAAAAUAAGUAUAGCUUUUUCAAAAAGCUUUGCCGUCUUCAGCAACAACCUUAAACUGUAAACUGACAUAUAUCAAGCCGUAUUAAUUUUUGAGUACUGUAGUUUUUGGCUUUGUACUUCUUCAACAGCU